CCAUCUCAAAGCCUCAACAGCCAUCAAUCAUCUCAGACGAGAAAAAAGUUCCCCAAGAACCAUGGCGGAGGCUGUUGUCGGGCAGCUGGUGGUGACGCUCGGCAGGGCGCUGGCGAAAGAGGCGGCGACCUACGGCGGGGCGCUGCUGUGCAAGGAAGCUGUGGCCCUGAGGGGACUCUUCGGCAAGAUCCGCCAGUCCAAGGCGGAGCUGGAGAGUAUGCAGGCGUACCUGCGGGAGGCAGAGCGCUUCAAGGACACCGACGAGACCACGUCCAUCUUCAUCGGCGAGAUCAGGGGCCUCGCCUUCCGGAUCGAGGAUGUCGUCGACGAGUUCACCUACAAGCUGGAGGACUGCAAGCAUGGAGGGUUCGCUGGCAAGAUGAAGAAGAGGCUCAAGCAUAUAAGGACCUGGCGCCGCCUGGGAGCCAAGCUCCAAGAAAUCGAAGCCCAGCUGCAGGAUGCCAACAGGAGGAAGAGGGAUUACGCCGUCACCGACAGGUCUGCUUCUGCUGCCAGGCUGAGGAAUCAAGGUCAAGCUUUCCACUUCACCAGGGAUGAGGACCUUGUGGGGAUCGAAGAGCACAAGGAGAGGUUGAUACAGUGGCUGAACGGCUGUGGCAAAGGUCUGAAGCAGAGCAACAACAAAGUUACCAUGGUGUGGGGUAUGCCUGGUGUUGGUAAAACCACUCUCGUUGCUCAUGUGUACAGCAUCGUGAAAAUGGAUUUCGACGCUGUGGCAUGGGUAACCGUGUCAGAAAGUUACCGUAUUGAGGAUCUGCUGAAGAAGAUUGCCGCCCAGUUUCGGAUAGCAGUCGAUGUCGCCAAUGUCGAGAUGAGAGGCCUAGUAGAGUCCAUCCACAACUACCUUCAAGGUAAAAAGUACAUCUUAGUCCUGGAUGAUGUUUGGGCUGAGUGCCUGUGGCCAGAGAUAAGGGAUGUCUUCCCAACAUCUAAUUGUACCGGCCGAGUUGUUAUCACAUCAAGAAAGCAGACAGUGUUGGGAACUAGGGAGUCCACAUCUGCAAUUCUCUUGGAACCGCUACAAGAACAUCACUCCUGGCUGUUAUUUUGCAAAGGAGCCUUUGGGAAUGCUGAUAAAAAAGAGUGCCCCUUGGAGUUGGAGAAAUUGGCUUGGAAGUUCAUAACAAAGUGUCAAGGAUUGCCUAUUGCUAUUACAUGCAUUGGCCGCCUACUCUCUUGGAAACCCCCAACUUCCGUUGAAUGGGGGAAUGUGUACAGCUGUUUGGUUUCGCAGUUGGCGAAAGAUGUGAUGCCCGAUUCUCAUAUGAUCCUAAAGGUCAGCUUGGAGGACCUUCCAUAUGAUUUGAAGAAUUGUUUCCUACAUUGUGCAUUGUCCCCAGAAGAUUAUGUAUUAAAGAGAAGGAAGACAACGAGGCAGUGGAUCGCGGCGGGAUUUAUCAGGGAAAAGGAAGAGAACAAAACAUUGGAGGAAGUGGCAGAGGGAUACUUGACUGAGCUUGUGAACCGAAGCCUAUUACAGGUAGUGGAAAGGAAUCAUGUCGGGCGACUGAAAUACUUCCAAAUGCAUGAUAUCAUACGCCUUCUUGCCCUCAGCAAAGCCAAGGAGGAACGCUUUGGUAAAGUGUAUGAUGGCUCUAGUACCGGGGCAUUCUCUGUAGAGGGUGCACGUCGCAUAUCGGUCCAGGGUGAAAACCUUGAGCAACUCAGCCUAUCUGGUGCAACACAGCUUCGUGCGCUCCAUGUAUUUGAGAAGUAUAUCAAUGUUGAUUUGCUGAAUCGUAUCCUAACAUCUUCGAAUCUGCUGUUGACAUUGGAUCUGGAAGGUACCCAUAUCAAAAUCCUACCCAGUGAGGUAUUCAGCUUGUUUAAUCUCCGUUAUUUGGGCCUUAGAUAUACCAGCAUUGAAAGUCUACCAGAAGCUGUGGGGAGGUUACAGAACUUGCAAGUCUUGGAUGCUUUUGAUGCUAAGCUGACAUAUUUGCCAAACAGUAUUGUAAAACUUCAAAAGUUAAGAUACCUCUAUGCGUGUACUUCCGGCACAUUAGAAAUUGGAAGUGUAGGUGGGAUCAAGGUGCCUAAUGGCAUUCGACACUUGACAGGACUCCAGGCUCUUCAGUGCGUAAAAGCCAGUCCAGAAUUUUUGUGUGAAGUUGGAGCUCUGGCACAACUAAGAACAUUCAGUGUCUGCAACGUGAGAAGCGAACACUCGGAUGGCUUGAACAAAGCUAUCUCCAAAAUGAGCCAUCUUGCUCAUCUCGAAAUUAUUGCUGCAGCUGAGAAUGAGGUGCUGCGGCUGGAAGGGCUACAUUUACCUCCAACCCUUUCCUGGCUUGGUGUACGAGGGCAGCUAGAAAAAGGACUGAUGCCUCAACUUUUCUCUGCUUGGUCACACAUUAAUAGCCUCACUCGAUUGCACCUGGCAUUCUCCAAUAUUGAUGAGCAAACAUUUUCCUGUCUGCACAUGUUACGUGGUCUACAGUUUCUUGAGCUAAUGAAGGCUUUUGAAGGGAAGAGGUUGGACUUCUACACAGGGUCAUUUCCAAAACUUAGGCUUCUAUACAUAUGGGAUGCAGCACAACUCAACCAAGUUGGAAUAGAGGAGGGCGCGGUAAAAAACCUCAUCGAGCUAUGGUUCGUAGGGUGUCCCAUGCUACAGUUUCUUCCUGAUGGCAUCGAACACCUUGUGGCCCUUGAGAAAUUAGUUCUGAAAGACACGUCAGAAGAGCUGAUAGAGAAGCUCCGGCUGAACAGAGAUUCAAAUGAAUGCAGCGAAGAUAUAAUGAAGAUUAGCCACAUAAGAAAUGUUACAGUUGGACUGAGCCAGAAAGGACUUCGGGAAAGGAUUAGGUGAUCAUCGCUCUUCGCAAGAGGAUACCGAGAUUCAUGGACAAAGAUACAGAGAUUCAUUCUCGUUAAGGAGUUGCAUUCAACGUUACGUCUUCUUGUCAACGAAAAUAUGGGCUAUUCCUCCUUUUUACUACUGCUUUAUAUGAGCUUUGGAUGGAAGACAAGAAGGCCAGCUGUGGGUCGGGUUGUUGAAGGCAAAUAUGUAUGGAGAUGCCUUUCCAUGACCUGAUGGUUUGCUUGCUGCAAAUAAGAAAAAAGAACUAUUGAGUCGGCGCGCGUACACGAGAGUCUCUGUAACAAUGCCAAUGCAUGUCGUCUUCUUACACAUUAGGUUGUGUCAGAUGAUUAUUCUGCUCCUCAGUCAGUGGUACGUAGUUUCUGUUGCCUAACUAUUUUCUUUGUCAUUGUUACACAAGCUUCAACAAGUCUGCAUGUACGCACACACGCCUGACUUCGCUGAUCCAGCUUUCGAGAUUUUCAGUGUGUGUACUGCCGUAGGCACUUGUAAUCUAUAUAAGUUGUGCUUCCUCUGUUGACAAAUAUAAGAUGUUCUAGACUGACCAUACAAGUCUCUAAAACGUCUUAUAUUUAUGAACAGAGGGAGUAAUCUUCAAUGAGCAAUAUACAAGUAUUUGUUCCUCCUCAGUCAGCAGACAUGGCGAGCUUUGUUCUUUUGUAAAAUAGGAAAUUCAAUCUGGAA